AUGUCGGCUUGGGGAGACCAGAAGGUCUAUGAAUAUGAAAUGGCACCAUCUCCUAUACCAGGGCUCACUCAGGAGAUCCUUUUCAUACCUGCAACCGCUUGCACCGUCCUUGCAAGGACAGACUGGAUUGUCUCCCAGACUGGAGGCACUACCAGCUGA